UCGAUGACACACAACCGUGUUGUCCAAGUGUCUACAACUAGAGAUGUGCUGCGAAGAAAAUAAUUUCACAUCCUUAACGAAUUAUUCGGUCAGGUACCAAGGCCGCGAAGACAACAAUUGUCCUGACAGUGUCAUGACCUUCCAGACAUUCAAGUCUGUCGACAGGACGGUAUGCUGCGGGCUGAUACCUUGUCUCUUUGUUGUCGGAGUGCCGGCUAAUAUCCUCAACAUGAUUAUUUUCUAUCGUCAGGGACUAAGAGAUCGGAUGAACCUCUGUCUCUUCUGUCUCGCCUUCAUUGAUCUCAUGUUCCUUAUUGUUCUUAUCAUUGGCGUUUCGUUUUGUUUCAUCGGCUUCUUUCUACCAAAACAGGAACAGUUCUGGAGGUGGAUUCUUACUAGGCACACUGUCAAUUUUGCUUACGGUUUUGUUCACUCGUCCGGGUGUCUGACGAUGAUAAUCGCAGUAGAAAGGUGGGUUUGUGUCAUGUUCCCCAUGAAGGCCGCGACACUCAUCAGUAGGAAGACGAUGGCCAUCAUCGUCUCACUCACAUUGCUGUUAAUGCAGCUUCUGUGUGGUGUCUACAUCGUAAAAGAGCAUAUUCUGUCGGUAAAAGAUGAGGUCACUGGUGAAUACCUCGUUGUUUCCGUACUUACAGACUUGUAUCUAAGCUACAGCUUUUUCAGAAUUAUUGAAAACGUUGUGUUGUCCUUUAUAUCUUUCUUUACUUUUGCCUGUGUAUUGUUGGCGACAGCCGCCACAGUCAUCCAGCUGCACACUGCUCAGUCGUGGAGAAAGUCUACAGCAAGCUCCCACAUGAAAGGUCAAGGGAUGUUGAUGAGGAUGCUGGUGGCCAUGUCUUGUGUCUACAUCCUGUGUACGGCUCCCAACAUGGCUUUGGGUCUGGCAAGGUUCACUGUCCCAGAAUUCCGCGCAGACGGAAGUUUCUGCAACCUGUUCAUCGCCACGCACAUGCUUAGCGUCCUGAUAAUUAUGUUCAACUCGUCCAUCAACUUCUUCGUUUACGCCGCCAUGUCGUCCCGCUUUCGUCAGGAACUCAAGGCGCUGUUCUCGUGGACCGAGGCUGGGAUGUCUUUGAAAACCAGCAUCAGUGUCACCCACAUAAAACAUUCAUCAGACUCUUUAUAA